AUGAAUCAACCCAUGACCAAAAGGAGAAGAAGGAAUGAUCUUGAGAAGAGUGAAGACAAACUGAGUGACUUGCCUGAUUCAAUUCUCAUUCACGUUUUGUCAUUUUUGAACACCAAAGAUUCUGUUCAAACUUGCAUUUUAUCUAAAAGAUGGAACCAUGUUUGGAAAUAUAUUCCCAUUCUUACAUUGCAUUGCUCACUUUUUUCUAAUUUGAAGAAAUUCCAUAUACUCGUCUCUAGAAUUUUGUCUCUUCGCGAUAACUCAAUUGUACUGCAUGCCCUUGAUUUUGUCCGUAAUGGUCGCAUCCAGUCUCGCCUACUUAGAAGGGUUGCACACUAUGUUUUAUCUCAUAAUGUCAAGCUUCUUCGAUUACGAAUUGAUGUCAAAUGUGAUAUUGCUCACAUCCUGCCUUGCGUUUCUUCGUGUCAUACUUUAACAUCUCUUAAGCUCUCGGUUUCACCUAAAGGUUGUCAUGAUUAUGGGAGGACAUUGUUUCCUAAAUCUCUGAAUUUACCUGCGUUAACGAGUUUGCAUCUAGGAAAUUUUGCAUUUUGUGCUAGUGAUGAUGGCCGGAUUGAUCCUUUUUCAGUUUUUAGCAAGUUGAACGGUUUGAUCAUUGAUAAUUGUAUGGUGAAGGAUUCCGAAAUCUUGUGCAUAUCAAGUGAGACGCUAGUCAGUUUAACUAUGCGUACUCAUUCUUUCAACUAUUACCUAAUCAAUCUAUCUGCUCCAAGUCUUUCUUCAUUCGCUUUUACGGGUACUCCUUAUCAGAUGUUCUGUGGAAGCGGUCUUUCUUCUAUUAAACAAGUAAACAUUGAUGCCGAAAUGUUGGCAAAUUAUUGGAAGCCUCCUUUUAUUUUACUUAGCUGGCUGCUAGAACUCGCUAAUAUCAAAUCAUUGACGGUCUCUGCAAGUACUCUUCAGGUUCUCUCCUUUAUUCCUGAUUUUUUGAAGCUUAAGAUAUCUUCCCUGCAUAGCUUGAAGUCGGUGAAAAUAAAGCUGAAACCACUUUCAUAUGGAUUAUCCUUGGCAUUGAAAAUUUUUAAUUUAGAAAAAUCAUUAAAAGCAGGAUUUGAACUAUCUUCACCCAUUCUUGAUGGAGUACUGAACCUUUUGCUCCAGAACUCACCGCCGGCAGAUGUUGACAUCAUACACUGCUCAAGGUUUGACGACUCCUUCGACCAUCUACCUCCGUUCUCGUCUUCGCUUUUUACUCAAUUCUUUGAUGUUAUAAUGACAAGAGGAAGGAAACCAUCGGUCAUCAUUUCAAUUGAACACUCUGAGGACCUUAACACCAUAAAUAUUGAAGAGUUGCAAAGUAGUCUAGAGGCACAAAAGUUGCGUUUGAUUGAGAGAAACUAUGAAAGAGAGGUAGAGCAGGCUCUAAAAGCGUCUUCUGGUAAGAAGAAUCUAAAGCAGUCUUGGUCAGAGGUUAAGAGGAGACAUGGUGGUGGUUAUCAAGAGUUAAAAGCCUCAAACUUUGAUGAUAAGAAACAUCAUAAGGAAAAAAGGGAAGUUUGA